AUGCGCAAAGAAAAGGACAUCAAACGUACUGGAAGAGCAACGAUUCUCGGUGCAGCAUCGCUGCACGAUCGGUGGUUCACCGGUGGUGCCCGAAAAUAUUUUAAACACAAAUUAAUCACCCGUUCCCGACAGCUCACAUGCAGUGUUGUGCUUACCGUGGCCCUCGUUGCCUCGCUCUGCACCGCCAGCCCACUCCUAAUCACGAAGCACGUGAUCAAGAAGGUGGUCGACAAGCACUUCGAGCCGAAAACGGUCACAACGCACGCGGUCGUCUACACACCGGUCGUGGCACCGCCGCCACCGCCCGUCGUACUAGCAGCCGCGCCCGCUCAUCAUCCGGCGGUCGUCUCGCCCUCCGCCCUGCACACCAAGCUGACCAGCACGCUCGGGUCGUUGCUGAAGCAUCCGCUGCUGCAGCAUCCGUGGCUGGCCAAGUUCGUGCCGCUCGGCGGUGUGGUCGAGGUAGUGCGCAAGUUCAAGCCGGGCAGUGUAGUGGGCGCCUCCUAUCCGCCCGUCGUUCAGCAUCCCGUUCCGGAGGUGGAUCUGCCGCAUGAGGUUGAGGAGCACCAUACCGUGACGACCGUUGUGACCACUCCCGCUCCGGUGUACGGCUUGCCUGCUGCUGAACCUGCCGUUCCCGCUCCGGUGUAUGGUUUGCCUGCUGCUGAACCUGUCGUUCCCGCUCCAGUGUACGGUUUGCCCGCUGCUGAACCUGUCGUUCCCGCUCCGGUGUACGGUGUGCCCGUUCCUGCUCCAGUCGUUCCCGCUCCGGUGUACGGUGUGCCCGCUCCUGCUCCAGUCGUUCCUGCCCCGGUGUACGGUGUCCCUGCGGCAACCUACGGACUCCCCGCUACCGGUGAACAUUCAUCCGCUUCCUCAUCCUCCUCCUCCUCAUCGAGCAGCAGCACAUCGUCCAGUGAUGGUGCGGCCAAAUACGUUGCCGUCAACCCAGGCGCACGCCACGAAGCGCCCCUCCCCGGCUACGACCAUUCGGUGGUGCUGGAAAACCUCGAACCAGCCCCGGGCACGGAGGGACUGACCAUGCUCGUCCCACCGGUCGUUUCGAACGAGCUGCACCACUGGAACCCCGAACCGGUUGUACUGCGGGGCGAGGACAUGCUGUCGUCCGACUAUCUGCGCAUGGCGCACGAUGUAGCGACCGGCGGCGCCAACUCCGCCGAGCCCGUUGAGGCACGGUACGUGGCGAUCAACAAUGGCGUGCGCCAUGAAGCGCCACUGCCCGGGUACGAUCGGUCGAUCGUGAUCGAAAACGCGGACACGGUUUAAGGACAAGGGGGUAGCUUUUAGUUAGCGCCAAAGAUCACACACACACAUACGCACGUACGAUUAAGCGAUGUAAAUCUGUAAAUCUGUCACUGGUUUUGUUUAAUAAACGCAAAGGAAACUGAAUUUUUGGAACGUAUUCGUGUCUUUACACUUGUCUUACCGGCCUGUGCGGGGGGUCUUCAGCUUCAACACAAUCAAAACCUGCUAAUUGGACGGCUAUGUGCGAGCAAAAAACGGGUUCCGAUAAGGGGCUCUCAAUUUCGUAACUGUUUCGAAAUGUGUACACGAACCAUGCGUGAAUCAUUCUGUUUGUUUUCUUUCAACUUUGUACAACAAACCCCAUCAUAUCAACCCUUUGGAAGAAAUGUCAACAUAUCAGCACGGUCUCUUCGAUCGUCUGUAAUGUCUUCCCCAGGCAAAGACACAAAAAACCACACCCAGAUGGGAAUUAGUUUUUAGCGAGUUGUGGAAGACCUUUGGAGGUUUGAUGGAUCGUUCGCAAAAUGGACAGCCACCCGCGUAUGUGUGUGAGGAGUGUAAAAAAAGCGAUUCCAAUAGAACGGUUCUAAAAUUGAUAGAGGCCUAUAUGGGAUAUAUGAUUUUGGACGGAAGGAUCCCUUUUCGCUCGAUCGUUAUUAGCACGCGAACGCGAAAGUGACAAUAAUGCCCAUCCGUCAAGCUGUUAUACCACACUGCAUUUUGUUUCGCAAUUUUGAUAUUUAAAUUAUUUUCAAACAUUUUCGUUUUUUUGUGUGUCCCAUAUUAAAAUUAUUUAUUCUGAUUAUUUUUUCGUAUUAGCGAUUGUUUCUUUGAUAUAAAAAUAGUCUUGCUGAACGGAUAGUCUUUCAAUCUAAAUCUUGGAGAUCAUUCAACAGACUGUCGUUGCCUACUACGGAUACUGCUGAUGGUUAUGGAAUAUUCGUUGAUAGUAGCUAA